AUGGCGGAUCCAGCUGAAUGCAGCAUCAAAGUGAUGUGCCGGUUCCGGCCCCUCAACGAAGCGGAGAUUCUCCGAGGGGACAAAUUCAUCCCCAAAUUUAAAGGCGAUGAGACCGUGGUGAUUGGGCAAGGGAAGCCAUAUGUCUUCGAUAGAGUGCUGCCUCCCAGCACGACCCAAGAGCAGGUUUACAAUGCGUGUGCAAAGCAAAUUGUCAAAGAUGUCCUUGAAGGUUAUAAUGGGACGAUUUUUGCAUACGGACAGACCUCAUCAGGAAAAACGCACACCAUGGAGGGGAAGCUACAUGACCCUCAACUCAUGGGGAUCAUCCCAAGGAUUGCACAUGACAUCUUUGACCACAUCUAUUCCAUGGAUGAAAACCUGGAGUUUCACAUCAAGGUUUCCUAUUUUGAGAUCUACUUGGACAAAAUCAGGGACUUACUCGAUGUAUCCAAGACGAACUUGGCUGUUCAUGAAGAUAAAAACAGAGUCCCGUACGUAAAGGGGUGUACCGAGCGGUUUGUGUCAAGCCCCGAGGAGGUCAUGGAUGUGAUAGAUGAAGGCAAAGCAAACCGACACGUGGCUGUCACAAACAUGAAUGAACACAGCUCUAGAAGUCACAGUAUCUUCCUGAUUAAUAUUAAGCAAGAGAAUGUAGAGACCGAAAAAAAGCUCAGUGGGAAGCUUUAUCUAGUUGAUUUGGCUGGGAGCGAAAAGGUCAGCAAGACCGGGGCCGAGGGAGCUGUUCUCGAUGAAGCUAAAAAUAUCAAUAAAUCUUUGUCUGCUCUUGGAAAUGUGAUCUCUGCCUUGGCAGAAGGGACAAAAACACACGUGCCAUACCGGGACAGCAAGAUGACUCGGAUUCUUCAGGACUCUCUGGGUGGGAACUGUAGAACCACCAUCGUUAUUUGCUGUUCUCCCUCUGUCUUCAAUGAGGCUGAGACCAAAUCAACACUGAUGUUUGGGCAAAGGGCUAAGACCAUCAAGAAUACAGUCUCGGUGAAUCUGGAACUGACAGCAGAAGAAUGGAAGAAGAAAUACGAAAAAGAGAAAGAGAAAAACAAGACUCUGAAGAACGUUAUUCAGCAUCUGGAGAUGGAGCUAAACAGAUGGAGAAAUGGAGAAGCUGUGCCUGAGGAUGAACAGAUCAGUGCUAAGGACCAGAAGACCCUGGAGCCCUGUGAUAACACCCCCAUCAUAGACAAUAUUGCUCCUGUUGUUGCUGGCAUCUCUGCAGAGGAGAAGGAGAAGUAUGAUGAGGAGAUCUCCAGUCUCUACAGACAGCUGGAUGAUAAGGAUGAUGAAAUUAACCAGCAGAGCCAGCUGGCUGAAAAGCUAAAGCAGCAGAUGUUGGAUCAGGACGAGCUUUUGGCUUCCACGAGAAGAGACUAUGAGAAGAUCCAGGAAGAGCUGACACGUCUCCAGAUUGAGAAUGAGGCAGCCAAGGAUGAAGUGAAGGAAGUUCUCCAGGCCCUAGAAGAGCUGGCUGUCAAUUAUGACCAGAAGUCUCAGGAAGUGGAGGACAAGACCAGGGCCAAUGAGCAGCUGACUGAUGAGCUGGCCCAGAAAACGACGACAUUGACAACCACACAGAGGGAGCUGAGCCAGCUACAAGAGCUUAGCAACCACCAGAAAAAGAGGGCUACUGAGAUCCUGAAUUUGCUGUUGAAGGAUCUGGGGGAGAUAGGUGGAAUUAUCGGCACCAAUGAUGUGAAGACUUUGGCAGACGUGAACGGAGUCAUUGAGGAGGAAUUCACCAUGGCCCGCCUGUACAUCAGCAAGAUGAAGUCGGAGGUCAAAUCCCUGGUGAACCGCAGCAAGCAGCUCGAGAAUGCCCAGAUGGACUCCAACAGGAAGAUGAGUGCCAGCGAGCGGGAACUGGCAGCGUGUCAGCUGCUCAUCUCCCAGCAUGAAGCCAAAAUCAAAUCCCUGACAGACUACAUGCAGAACAUGGAACAGAAGAGGAGGCAGCUGGAAGAGUCCCAAGACUCGCUCAGUGAAGAGCUGGCCAAACUCCGAGCCCAAGAGAAAAUGCACGAAGUCAGCUUCCAGGAUAAGGAGAAGGAGCAUCUGACGCGACUGCAGGACGCGGAGGAGAUGAAGAAGGCCCUGGAGCAGCAGAUGGAGAGCCACCGGGAAGCUCACCAGAAGCAGCUGUCCAGACUUCGGGAUGAAAUCGAGGAGAAGCAGAAAAUCAUCGAUGAGAUUCGGGAUUUGAAUCAGAAGCUGCAACUGGAACAGGAGAAGCUCAGUUCUGAUUAUAACAAGCUGAAGGUAGAGGACCAGGAGAGGGAAAUGAAACUGGAAAAGCUCUUAUUGCUCAAUGAUAAAAGGGAACAAGCCAGAGAGGACCUCAAAGGGCUGGAGGAGACAGUGUCUCGGGAGCUGCAGACUCUGCAUAACCUCCGGAAACUCUUUGUCCAGGAUCUGACUGCCCGGGUUAAAAAGAGCGUGGAGCUGGACAGCGAUGAUGGAGGGGGCAGUGCUGCCCAGAAGCAGAAAAUUUCCUUCCUGGAGAAUAACCUGGAGCAGCUCACGAAGGUUCACAAACAGCUGGUCCGGGACAACGCCGACCUGCGCUGCGAGCUGCCCAAGCUGGAGAAGCGGCUGCGCGCCACGGCGGAGCGCGUCAAGGCCCUGGAGAGCGCACUGAAGGAGGCCAAGGAGAACGCCAUGCGGGACCGCAAGCGCUACCAGCAGGAGGUGGAUCGCAUCAAGGAGGCCGUGCGAGCCAAGAAUAUGGCCAGGAGGGCCCACUCGGCCCAGAUCGCCAAGCCCAUCCGCCCUGGACACUACCCAGCAUCGUCUCCAACGGCCGUCCACACCAUCCGAGGGGGAGGAGGCAGCUCUUCAAACGCCACUCACUACCAGAAAUAA